AUGGCCAAGCGAUAUCGCCACAUCUCACAAAUGACCAGCGAGGAUAUCAACCUCCUGGUGCGCCUUCUAUGCCUCCCGCCAACAGCCCGACGUUUUACAGACGGCCUUCCCUCCGACCAAUGGCUGGCCCGCCAGUCCGAGAAGGUCGCCCAACUACCCAAGACCCUUCAGCGUCCCGACGACUGGCUGGCUAGGCUUUCCAUCUACACCAACAGGAAGCUAAACCUGACCCUUGAAGAUCUUGUCCCGCAGUGCGCGGUGCUCUGUGCCGCCCACAAAGGUCUGAACCCAUGGAUAGUGCACAGGGUGUUCUUGUUGGUCUCGGAGGAGGUGACACACCGCCUCGACCCGGUGAGGAAGUUUCUCGAGAACCCGACCAAGCAUGACGUGCGGCUCAAGACAUCGCUGGGCGAGGUACAGGACUACGCCGACCGGAUGAACAGCAUCUUGUCCCUCUGGACAGGACCGGACGUCUUCUCCUUGAUCGUGGGCGAGAACUAUCCACCCGGACUGGCCAUGCCGCGCGUCGAGACGGACUGCGAGGCUUGCAUCUGCAGCUGCAUCGGCGCCGCGGGCCAAGCUCUGUGUGAUCUGCGUGCUAUGAUGUACGGCCGGUCCCACAGGCGCCGUGCCCCAGUGCUCAUCCCCCUGGUCGAGGCUUGGAUCGAGCGGUUCGGCGAGGAGAACGGCGGCAAGCUUUUGGCGGAGAGCACAAGGAUGGCGAGGGAUGUGCGCCACAUCAGGAAGAGGGUCAUGGGCCACCGCAGGGGUCACCGUCGGCACCGCGAACCGUAUGAGAAGAGGAUGAAGGAGCUUGUCCGCAUGGAGCGCGAGUUGGACGGCAAACCCCUGACAGCCGGCCAGCUGAGAAUAGCCCGAGGAGAGAUAGACAAGAAGCUGGAUGAGACGUUUGGCAAAGAGUCGAGGAAACCUAGCAGCCGUCAAGGUAAGCACGCUUCAUCCACCAUCUCGGGAUCGAUAUUCACGGCCUCAUCUAUCUCCAAAGCAUCGUCAGCCACUGUCAGGAGCGAGGAAAGUCGCAGUGACCGCUCCAUGCAAGCUGGCGAAGAUACGGACGUAUACCAGCAGGACGACGCCGGUGAUGCCGAGCCAGCCGACGACUACCGCGACGAGUUUGACGAGGCAGACGCAGGCGCCGCUUACAAGCAGCAGGACCGCCUCCAGCACUGGUACGACACCUUUACCGAGAUCGCCGGGCCGUCGGGGGCCAGCAACAUCGGCAGCCAGCACCCUGCCUUCCGCACUGAUACAACCGGCAUCGAGAACUGGGCGAGGAGCCAGAUGGCCAUGUCAGCUGUCCCCCACCCACUCCGCUUCUCCAGGAACAUCACUCCGCGUGAGGGAGACGACGAUGACGAUGUCUUCGUCGCAGCUGCUGACACUACGGGAACACAGGUGAGCGACUUCACCGCAGUGGGCGUUCACACACUUGCUACGCAAUCUACUCACAGGUCCAGGCGAGGCAGGCAACCAGAAGAUGAACAGGAACCAGCGGUACCACAGGUCCCAACCGCGUACCUCGAAGAGCCGUCUAGGCAGGGUGGAGUGAUUUUUGGCCGGGCUCCAUCCAGCGUCUACUCUAAUGAUGCGCCGACAGCUCUCCACCCGCCUCCUGCUGUGUCUAGCAUCGCCAUGGAACGACCCAGAGGCACAAGUAGCGAAUUAGAACAGGCAAGGGGGUCCCCACCAAGCAGUCGCAACAAUCGUCAUCGGCCCCGGACUGACACCGUCGAUGGAUCAGCCGUGACCGCUUGGCCGUGCCCCGGCGCGUCGCCCGAUUCCAACACCAUCCAGCAAAGCAGAGGGCGCAUGACGCAGACGAGCCAGGGAUUCCAGGCCGGACUAGACCAGCUCGGCGCCGGUUCGGACUUCGCCCUUCGCACCACCACGUUGGGCCCCGACGACAGUGUCUCAGCCGUCGCCGGGAUCUAUCGCCACGUGCCCCUCCUCCAAGCCGUUGUCUCCGAGCGUCAACUCCGCCAGAGCCAAAUCGACGCGGACGCAGCACUUGCACGCCGGAUCCAGGAGGUCGACCUCUUGGGGUCUCAACAGCAUCGGCCGGGAGACGAAUCCGAGGAUGACGACGAUGAUGAGGAGGAGCUCCGGACCGCGAUUGCGAUCAGCCGCGAGACGGCGAGGCGUGACUUGGAGCGGAGGUCCCGCGCGGGCCGUGGGCAGUUCUCAGAUCUAUACAUGCCUGAUUCCUCGUGGAUAUGA